AUGGCGACCAAGUGUGUUCACAAAGGCUGCGGUAAGGUCUUUACUGACCUGGAGGAGGAUUGUAUCUAUCAUCCAGGGCCACCAGUCUUCCACGAGGGCCAAAAAGGCUGGAAAUGCUGCAAACCCCGCGUUCUCACCUUUGACGAGUUCUUGACCAUCCCACCUUGCACAACCGGCAAACACUCCACAGUCGACGAUACUCCGAAAGAAGCACCCAAAGAAAUUGAUGGCGCCGCAUUAGCGAAUCUUGUCACUGAGGAUGCAGCUCGUGUGACGACGCCGAUCUCUGCCGCUGCAGCCGCUCUUCCUACACCGACACCCAACACAGCAUCCGCGCCUGCACCGGAGCCAGAUUCUGAUGAUCCGUCACUCUCGAUUCCUUCGAAUGCCACCUGCCGACGUAAGGGUUGCAAUGCCACUUAUAACCCCGAUGCUUCGCGGGAUAGUGAAACGUGUGAGCACCACCCGGGACAGCCAAUUUUCCAUGAGGGUAGCAAAGGAUGGUCUUGCUGUAAGAGGAGAGUCCUAGAAUUUGACGAGUUUAUGAAGAUUCCUGGUUGCAAAGAGAAGAAGAGACAUCUGUUUGUUGGCAAGGGAAAGCCUGCGGGAGAGGAGAAGGUGGAGGAUGUCCGAACCGAUUUCUAUCAGACCGCUACUACCAUCAAUGCAUCACUAUACCUGAAAAAGAUCGAUAAGGAAAAAGCAAAAGUCACAUUCACAGAAAACACAGUCGAGUUCGACCUUCCAACAACCGACAACAAACGGUUUAUAAAAACAUUCAAUCUUUUCGGUCCUAUCGAUCCAGAGGCAUCGUCAUAUAGCAUCUUUGGCACUAAGAUGGAUUUCAAAUUAGCGAAGAAGGACGGCCAGAGUUGGCCGGUGUUGCGCAGCGAUGAUAAAUGGACCGGAGAGCGUAUCCAGACUGGAAAGGCCAGCCGCGUUGCUUAA